AUGGCUCCCAAGCGUUCUGCUUCUGCUAAGGCUGGUAGUAAGCCUAAACGCCACCGAAAAAUGAUGACGAUUGCUGAGAAGGUGACACUUCUCGAUAUGUUGAAAGAAGGCAGAAGUUACGCGGCCGCAGCCUGCCAUUUUGGAGUGAACGAAUCCAUUGUUCGCUACAUUAAGAAGGACGAGGCGAACAUUAGAAAGACGGCUGCCAUCACCUUUAGCAGGUCAGCGAAGCGAGUUGUUACUGCUCGUAAUAAAACGAUCGUCCGUAUGGAAGGUGCUUUAGCAAUCUGGAUUGCCGACUGCCGGAAGAAGAACAUAGCCUUGGAUACGAACACCAUCCGAACCAAGGCUUUGAGUUUGUAUGAGAAUUUUGCGGCAAAGGAACCUCAAGACGACGAUGGCGACCAUGCUGAAGAAGACGAAGAUGAUGUACUAGAUGAACCUCAAGCAGGGACAUCCACUGAUUCCCAGCCUCAGAAACAACGUUUUUCCGCCAGCAAAGGAUGGUUCGUGAAGUUUCAGAAACGCUUUGGCCUGAAAAGCGUUUCCCUGCAUGGCGAGGCUGCUUCCGCUGACACUACCGCUGCUGAAACUUACGCGAAUGAGACAUUUAAGAAUAUUAUCACUGAAGGUGGAUACAAGCCCGAACAACUGUUUAAUAUGGAUGAGACCGGCUUGUUUUGGAAGAGAAUGCCGUCGCGAACUUUCCUGUUCAAAGAAGAAGCCAAAGCCUCUGGCUUUAAAGCAUUCAAAGAUCGUGUUACCCUCGUGAUGUGUGGCAAUGCUGCUGGAUUUUUGCUAAAGCCGGGGCUUAUUUACAAAUCGAAAAACCCUCGCGCUUUGAAAAAUAAAAAUAAGAAUCUCCUUCCCGUGUACUGGAUGCAUAAUCCAAAAGCAUGGAUUAAGAAGAUGCUGACCUCCAACUGGUUCCACAGUGUUUUAUCCACAAGUCAGUAA